AUGAACGACGAAAUGAUCCUCUUCUUCUUCUCGCUCCCGCUCCUCGCAUGGGACGUGAUCAUUGAAAAUCUGGAGCCGCUUGAAAUGUGAGCAAGGUCUUCUAUUUCAGUUUGACUUAUUCGAUUGUUUUCAGAGUAGCGAUGGCCAUGUACGGAGGGGAUUUCCGGAGAGCUGCUAUCCGGGCUCUAAGAAACUUGAAAUUGAAGUUGUGGAUGAAAAUAGAUUUGCAUAAUGACGAAUCUAUUCAUUGCGAGAUACGAUUGCACGAGUCUGUUCAUCGCAAAGAAAGACUCGCGAUCGUCCUGAGAAAAACGGAAAUGCUUGGCACAAUGAGUAGCGUCAAAACCGUUAGGGCAGACGCCAACUUGUAAGCAACUCCUCUUUUGAAGCAAUUAGUGUAUCCAUUGUUUACAGAAUUAAUGUGUAUGUCAAAACCGCGCCCCAUGGAUUCAUGACGAGAAUGUAUGACAUCUCGACGUACACCUCCGUUUCCGUCGACGAUUUGUCGAUUUCCGAGAAAUUAGACUGGGGAGAUGUGGCCGGCUGCGUCAAGCUCAUCCUGAAAGGACAAAGUCUCAAAUUUUUAAAAGUGGAACAGGAGCAAACCAGUUCAAAGAUACUGGAGUGGAUCACCGAAGACGUCAAGCAUGUUGAGCACAUCCUCGUGGAAGCUCAAACCGUUGAGAGGCUCUAUUUUGCAGAGGACAAGAAGGUAACCGACUGAAAUCAUUUAUUAAUAACUGUUUUUACUAAAUUGCAGAUUGGCUACUUGUACCUGGAAAAUCCGCAAUGGAUUAGCGCGGCUCUAGUCAAAAACAUCAACUGUGCCAAGCUGCAUAUCGAAGGGCUCACGUGGUUCGAUUUGGACAUCUUCAACGAGUUUCUGCACAGUUGGCUCCAAGGAGGAAACGAGAAUGUGACAGAUGUGCGAAUCUUCUUCCAAGAUUUUACAAAAAUUGUGGACAAGGAGAAAGUCCUCCGAGGACUCACCGCGGUUCCGAGAAAUCCGUCGAGUGGAACUUUAGUGUGAGUUUUCACCAACACGCUGAAAACAAAAAAUGCAUUUUAUUUCAGGCAGCACGGUUGUUAUGAAAAAAUUCAUAUGGUGCAGUACAUGCGUGAAGGUAUGGACAUCAUCCGACCAGACGGAACCACUGGAACAGUGGAUAUCCAACCAGGAGAGCUUUCGUUCCACAGGUGGUAACGUGUUUGUGUGCUUAUUUCUCCCCUUUCCCCCUCUUUCUCUCUCUCUCUCUCUCUCUCUCUCUCUUUAUCCCUCAACCUCUCCGCUCCUCCUCCUCUCUCUCUCUCUCUCCCUCUCUCUCUCGGAUAAUUUCUUCUACCUUUUCAAAAUGAUCUCAAAAACCCUUGUCUAAAAACUGCCCCUCCCCCUAUACGUAUCUUAUCUAAUAAUUAUCUCAAAAUGUUUUUUUCUGAUUUCCCACUUGAUUCCUGAUAAUAAACUUUUUCAUAAAAAACCUUUGUAGCGUACAUAUCUCAAAAGAGGGCAAUCCCGCAUACCUCCAGAAAUAUGUUUUCCUUCUCGUGCAAGACUCUGUCCGUUUGUCUCUUUUUCCGCACUAGAACAUGUAGAUAUUAGGAUGCGGCGAUGCCACCUGUCAAAGUGAAGAUACUCACAAUUGGCGUCAACAAUAAUGAGAAAGUGAUAACAAAUGUUGUAUAUUCUGAUAGAGCUUGAACAGCUGAUUGCUCUCAUAUCAUUUCCAAUGUAUGAUUCCCAACUAAUAAGAGUGAACGAGAGAGAAAGAACCACAAACAUUUUUGUGGUGUGAAAAAUUCGGAAAAUGCUGAAAAAAGGAAAAGAAAACUGCUCGGACGGUAAGAAGACCAACGCUUGACGAGAAACCGAGAGGAAGAGCGGGAGGGCAGUUCCGCAGAAGCGUGUGCUUUUCUCUUCAUUCCUUUUGCUCUGAGGAUUCUCAAAAUGACCGGAACAAGGAUAGAUAGUCUGAGGACAGGGAUCUAGGACCAACUCUCAGGGGGGUCCGUGGUCAGUAAGUCGCAUGGUCUGAAGCACCUGCUGGUCAGUGAGCGAGGUCCGGCUGGUCAGCAAGUGCCUCUCUAAGCAGGGUCUUUUUUUAAAUGAAUUUUGACCUAGCUUUUAGUAAUUUAGCUUUUUUCGAAAUAUGGCUGUUUCGUGCGUGCUUAUUUGUGUCAUUUUGUUAGUUUUAGGGUUAGCAACGGGGCGCCCCCGCGCCCCACACACCCUCGUUCGCCCCCGGCCCCUUAAAGUGUAAUUAAAAUUCUGAAAAAAAAUUUAGUAGAUUAAUGAGUUUAUUCACUAUCAACGUGCGUUGAGAAAACUUUUUCAAAAAAAUUCCUACUCGAUUUUUGGAAAAAAACCGGUCGGGGGCGAGGGGCGCCCCGCUGCCAACCCUAGUUAGUUUACAUUAUAAUGAACUCGUUUCCAAAAAAAAGCAAGUGAAAUACUGAUUGUAUUCGUCCGACGGCACGCAUCUUAAGUCUGAGAACAGCCAAGAAGCGCGGCCGCAAGAAUCUUCAUGGGUGCCGACUGGAAGCGGCAUGCAUGCCGUUUUUCUGCGGCAAAAUGCUGUAAGGGUGCCGAUUCCGUGCAUGCUACGCGCUGAACCCCUGCUACCGUGGCUGCUUCUAUGCCGCUCAAAAAAACCUUGCUUCCUUCCCAUCCCACUUUUUUUCCUGCUGACAUGCUCAUCCCUAUGCUACCGUAGCAACUUGCUGUCCACUUGCCGCUCGCGUGCCCCACCCUUGCUAAAAAUUAUCUGAGUUCAGAUGCGUGCCGUCGGAUGAAUGCUGAUUAAUUUCACUUGCUUUUUUGGGAACGUGUUCAUCGACCCAAAAAAUCCUUAGCGCGCACAAUUCUGGAUGUUUCUGAAAACACUGGAAAAGUUGAUUUUCCAACUUUGGCUCCGCGAGCAGCACUCUGGAUGUUGAAAAUAUUCUAGCAGCAGCAAGUGCGCUGGAUAGAGCAAUCCAAGAGGAUCAUUUUGAUACCCUUAUUUGAAUGAUUUCAUCUAUUUUUCGCUGAGUUAGACUUGCUGACUUUACAUCAAUUCGUUCACAUUUUAGUACGAAAAGCAGCAAGUCUAGCGCCGUAGCCAUGACAUAUACAUACCCAGCAGCAAGUGCGCUGUGUAGAACAAUCCUAGAGGAUCAUUUUGAUACCCUUACUUGCCCACUUUUGACUAUUUUUCGCUGAGUUAGACUUCCUGACUAAAUCUACCAGUUGCAACUGGUCGUUCCAAAAAAUUACCUAGACUUGCUGCUUUUCGUACUAAAAUGUGAACGAAUUGAUGUAAAGUCAGCAAGUCCAGCUAAGCGAAAAAAAAGUGAAAAAAAGGGGCAAGUUAUGGUAUAAAAAAAUGAUCCUCUUGAUUGCUCUAUCCAGCGCACUUGCUGCUGAUGAGGUACAUAUCACGGCUGCCCUGACACGGCUGCAAACGUUUAUGCACUGUCAAUAGUACUUCAGUGAGUGUAGUUCACUGACGAAUCGACAAAACUUGGCAAGUUAUAAUAUCAAAAUGAUUGCCAAAACAUGCUCAAUUCAUUCCACUUGAUGCUAUGAGUGAAUUCAUUACCCCAAGAGACGGUCCCACUUGUACGAUGAAACCUUUGACGUCACUAAAUUAGAGGUAGCAUUCCGCAAAAAGUUUAAUACGAAAUAAACAGAUUAUACACCUUUCAAAAGAAAGAAAAAAUAUCACGGCGACAACAAUUUCUUUUGGUCAGUUACUUGAAAAAAAAAAUUUUCCCAACUUUUGGUCAGUAAGCAAUGGCUUGAUAGCCUAGAUCCCUGAUCUUACGAGCCUUUUUCAGGGCUCUCUCAAGACCGUACGAGAUGGUGCAAAUGUCAUGUUUCGACGAGCUUAAAUAGUAUUUAAUAAAUACCUUCGUGGGCCAGGGCAGAUCCGUCCUUGUGGGCGAGGCCUGCCUACUCGGGGCUAAUGGGGCUAUUCAGCGUAUGUUUGUUUUCCGUUUUUUUCUCGUUUUUUUACAUCGCUGAAUUGGAUUUUUUUGACGUAAAAAAACGAAAAAAAAACGGAAAACAAUCAUUUUUUUCACAGCCUGAAUAACCCCAUAAGGUUCCGCAUAAGAGUCAUUUUAGUAGUCCCCAAUAGAGGAACGCAUGAUGAACCCAACUCAAUAAACUCAUUUCUCAAAAAGAGUCAAAGUCACAAAAACGAACACAACUCUACAACUCAUUGGGCGUCGGUAGUGGUACAUUUCGAGUUUGACGUGAACUCUGUUCGAAAAUCAAUUGUAGCGUUGGAAUUUUCACUAAAUCUGUCAGUAUUCGUUGUCUUCUGCCGUUAACGUUAACCAUAUUGGUCGGUGAAGUAGAAUUCCCACUUUCAGGUUAGUGUAGUUAAAGUCGAUACCAGGGCGGGGAUUUUACCAGUAUGAAUUGCCGGGGGCCGUGUGCAGUACUUGAAGAAUAUUGUGAAACUUUCAGUAUUAUUACCAUCCCUUACAAUGCUCUUCUUGCUCUUCUGAAAGUUUUUGAGCAAUUUCACAAUAUCUGCUGGUCAAUGUACCUGCAUAAUCCUAUUUUGAGAAAAUAGAGAAAUCGGAACUAAAAGCGGAGACGUCGCAGACUGUAAACAAAAGGAAAGGGACUCACAAUACUGGGGAAUGUGAAUCACCUAUUCCUCCGUCCGUCAGUAGACCGACAUCUUAAAGAGGAAAAUAAUGCGGGAAGAGAACAGCGCCACAAACUUGAUCUACCGUUUAGUCAAUGGAAAAUUAUUGAUUGAUAUUCCAAAACCUGCUGUUUGUGCUUUUUUGCGAACAUUGUGAAAUUGAAACUGAAAUACCGCAUCUAAACCUGUUUUUUUCCAGGCAAAGCUCGAGAAAUGAGCGUCUUGCUCACAAUUCUGUUGAGAAUUGCCGCCGAGGCAAACGGACUAUUGAGAAGGGUGGCGCAUCGCGGCCCGCGCCCUAGUCUUCUGGAGCGCACUUUCGAGCUCCAGGAGAACCCUUUGGAGCCGCAUGGAUACGAGGACCGGCGGUGGCCGCAAAGGCCGGAGGAGGCGACGGAGCGCCAAGGUACGCGAGAGGAGGCGGAGGCGACGGAGGAGGGGCGACGAGCUGACGUGCUGGUGAGUUUCUUGAAAGAAAAAUAUUUUUUAAAAAAAGUAAAGCUUUCGGUACAAAGAAGUCCCUUUGAUCUGCUGCACAGUGGAACAAGGAACAUUUUGCUCAAAGCUCUAAUCAAACAGAGCUCUAAUCAAACUGCCACCCCAAAAAGAGUCUAUCGAACUGGAACUCUGUUCCGAUAGUUUCCCAUUUGGUGCGGCACCGUGAAAAAGAGACUUACGACUGACCGAUCGCUUUGCAGGAGUCGACGUUCAAGGAGCAGGAGUGGCAGUGCGGGUGCUGCUCCGCUCGGAUCGUCGACGAACCGGAGGGGAUCGUGGCGCACAUGCUGGAGCACCAGGAGACCGCCGCCGUUCUCCACUCGUUCAUAGUGGAGUUCAUGACGAGGGAGAACGGGCGGCGCGGCGGUUUCCGUCAACUCCACCGCGUGAUGCACGGUCUCACACGGCAGCACGGGCUCAGUUGCCCUUCCGACGUGAGUGCCUGAAAACAGAGAUUUUGUAGGAACAAGCAAAAACGUUAUGCAUUUUGGAGAGAACGAGACGAAAAGAAACUGUUUAGAGACAAGUUAAUGUGAAUUUUACGUUCUUUUGCAGGUGGCCCGUGCCUACCUCGAGCGGACCGUCGAGGCCCAGAGAGAAGAGGAAAGGGAGGCGGCCGCCGAAAGAGCCGCCACGGAGAACGAGCUGCGACAGAGGCAGCGGGCGCUCGAGGAGAGAUUGGAGGCCCUGGCGGCCGAACGGAACGAGCGAGUCGAUCGGGAGAGGACCGCGGCCGUCAGGGAGGAGGAACUCGAUGCUCGGCACCAGGUAUUCGUCGCCAGGAACAGGGCGCUCGAGGCCAUGAUCGAGGGUCUGGUGGCCGACGGAGAGAGGGAGCGAGAGAACCGGGCGGAAGAGCGCAGGUCCCUCGAGCGCCGCCUUCAAGAGGUCGAAGCACGACUGAGUGCUCGGCGGAGCUCGGCUCAGGCGUCGAACGGAUCGGAGGGGGCGAACGAGGAGACGGAUGAUCGUGAGUUGGCCAGUGCGCGGACGAAUCCGGCCACUUCCCCAACAUCAGAAGUGGCCAACGCGGCGGAUUCGGAAGCGCCCAGGAGAACAAGCGAUCGGGAAGUGAGUUGUUUCAAAGUUUGAACUAAACUCACGAAAAAUCUUACUUUCAGAACUACUCGGCCUCAGAUUCGGGAGACGCCACGAGGGACGAACUGCAGACGAAUCAGCAGGCGGAGCAGCCGAUUGCUGAAGAAGUGGAACGAAUGCUCGCUCGGAGCUCGGAGGGAGCUUUGAAUGGAUCGGAAACGUCUCGCGAGGAGGCGGACGAUCAAGGACUGGCCAAUGCGCAUUCGGAUUCGGUCACUUCACCAACAUCAGAAGUGGCUGGGACGGCGGAUUCGGGUGUGCAGAAGUCACAAAUCGAUCGGACGGUGAGUUGAUGCAAACUCUGAAAUAAAACUAACAGAAAAUGCUUACUUUCAGCACUUCACGGGCUCUGGAACAGAAUCCGAUCCGGAAGAGGCGGAAGCUCCGAGAGACGGGCAGUCUGAUGAGCAGCUCGCUCAGAUCCCGGACGAGGCGGAGCCAAUGGAGGAGGAGCAGGCGCCAGGGCCGAUGGAGGACCGUCAGGAGACCCAGAACGAGCGCAUGGGGCAGCAGGCUCGUGGAUCAACGGCUCGGGAGGAGUACUCGGAGUCGGCGAUGGAGCAAGAGAGAGAGGAGCCGCGGAGAGCUCAGGAGGAACAACGGCGCGGAGAAGAAGCUCAGGAGGAGCAGGCGCGGGGAGCGGGAGCGCCAGGAGGAGGCGAUGACAGGGACGAGAGCAAGGAAGACUCUGCAUGCUCACCGAAAAGGCGUCGGAGCAACGAGUCCGAGGACCCGGAUACAGUGGGCACACCACAACACCCACGCCGUGUGUCCGACCUCGAUUAUGACUCGCCGGCGCCGGUUCGCAGAGGCUUUCACACGCCACCGUCUCCACAGUCGCCGCCGUCACGACCAAGCUGCGGGAGGACACCGUCGCCGCUGGCCCCAGCACUCACAAACAAUUCGCUGCGGUCGACGGCGACGGUGUACAAUCUGAGGGAUCUUGUUCGACCGACUCCGCUCAAUGUCGGAGUCCUGAACAGGACGAACCGGAAGAGGGUAAGCAAUGCCGAUACCGGAAUUUCGAGCUGAAAAUUUUGUUUUUUUUAGAAGAGAACCCGAUGCUCAGCGCCAGCGCCCGGUCGGCAGCAGAUCGUGUUCGGGAACCUUGAGUUCCAAAUCGAUCCGUCGGACGACGAGUUCCGAGCACGAAUCGGCGACAUACUGGGCCGACUUGGGUAAGAUUUCAUGAUUUCAAGCGCCAAAAACCGACUAAACACUCAUUAUUUAUAGAAUCGAUUUGGAUUGGGACGCGGCAACGUUCCCGAACGCCUCGCGGGGACGGCAACACCCGAUCUCUCCAAUCUUCUGGACCAUCGUGGAGGUUCCGAAAGCAGUGGCGGAGAAGAUCGGGCGGGCCGUCGCAGAACACCUGGACAGCUUCAAUCAGCUGGAGUACGGCAAUAACGUAGAGGUUUGUUUAUUUCUCGAAAAGAGAAUGUCAGUUUUUGACCACGAAGCUUUGCAGCAGUACGUCAUUGUCGAGCUCCACGACACAAAGGAGUCGCGGACCAGGGACGCAUUUCUGCACGCCGCCGCCAGCAACUUCAGGAUGAUGUACCGUCACGACCGAAACUGCUCCGUCACCGUCUGCCACAAACAUCUACUGGUGACGAGAGACGGUUCAGUCCUCGAGAGGCUGUCCGUGAAGGACAUCAAGGACAAGUUCGCGGCCAACUUCGAUGCGAUCAUGCGGAGCAUCCACCCAACCCAGAGGUCAGGUGUCAAAAUGCUCCUCCAAUGAGAGGAUUCGCCUCGCUAUUUUUUAAUCAUUCUGGAAUAUAUUGAUUUUUGAAAGUUUUAUCGUUUAAUGAAUGUUUUAUGAGUCAGACUCCGUACUCAUCGCAUUCUCACGUUGAAAGCUCAUGGCACCGCAACGCAAAAAGAACACGAAAAAUUAUAAGGAAACCGGAAAAAACGAAAGUUACUUCUGAAAGUAAUGCGAUUGAAUUGAAAGAGAUUCGAGGUAGGCAACAAUUGUUAACUCAUAAUCCUACCAGACUACACAUUCAUAAUCCUAACAGACUACACACAGAAAUGGAGGGAAAGGGCCGUUUUGAUUUACUCGAUAUGUGAGGAGUAAGUAUAAAAGUACCCCCGUGGGAAAGAAUAGCCAUUCAUUCGGACAUACCGACUUGGCGGACGGUCGGAUCGUCUCGUUCUGCCCGCGUUUUGGGCGGGCGGACUUUCCAGACCCUCUGCUAAUCGAUAUCGAUCCGAUAUUUUUCCACUUGUUCUUUCUCCCCUUUCUCUCCGUUACUUCAUUUUUCUCUUUCAUAUGUCAAGUCCAUACGGAAGUGAAGUGCACUCUAUUCCGAAGCUAUUUCAGCUGUGAUCUCUGUAAAGUUCCUUUCUUAUCCGACAAAAGUUGCAUUAAAUUUCAUUUUUGCUUCUAAAUGCUCACAGGAUAUCACAUUUGGGAGAGUUUCUGAAAAAACUGCGCUGAACUCUCGGAUGCCUCUAUAUGUAGUAGAAACAAACCGUCCUGUUAUUCCUAUGUAUUUUUGUGAAAACCGGAACAAAUGCUCACUUUUUGUCGUUCAGAUCGGUGCUCAAUGAGUUGGGCAUAGUGUAGGGUGUGGCAAACAGUAAAAAAAUUGCGUACAUUUCUGAGUAAUUCUUUUUCUCCCUGCGAUCAAUUUUUAAACAAAAUCUUGCCUACCAGUGGUGUCUUUUUCGAAUUAAUAGAACUUUUAUGUGACUACAAUAGCUUAGAAGAGGUGUAUUCCUCGGGAGUAUCCGUCUGUACGUCCUUCUCUGAGUAGGGCCACAGCGGUGACCUUCGUGACGUGAUUUGCCCCGUCACGGAGGAAAAAAAUCACCGCCCCCACCUUACACGUGGCGUGGUUGACCCCCUUCUCUACGGGGCGGCGGCUCUGCGGACCGUGGGUACUUGAUGCGGAGUUGCACGGUCCUUACGGAUCAGAUCCCUUCAAGUGACCCUAACGAUAACUUCUUGAAGGAAGCCUGAGAUGAGAGGAAUGUGGGCAGACAGAGACGGGCACUCUUUGGGGUUAACCUCUUGCGCGCAUAUGACUUACAUGUUAGAAUUUUAGUUAGUAGAAGAAACUGCCACACCCUACUUAAACUCUCUCUCUCUCUCUUCUCUCGCUACGUCGGACACGAGAACCCACAAGGAUCUUCGGAAGGCGAGGAAUAGUCAAGAAACCUCCCACUCUUGAUGCAAGCAGUGACUGCCACUUUUCGAAGUGUCAGUCAUUAGGAUCUGAUAGAGUAGGAGGGAGGCGCAUUCCGCCGAGCACUUUGUGAGUUUGCAAGCAGAAUAAGAACCAUAACAAUUGAAUGUUUCAGACGUGCACAGGUGUGUCAAUUCUCGCGUUACACGCACAAAUCGGCCUGUACGAGGAGGAGCGGGUAAAGCUGUACCAGAAAUUGGACAAGAAGGACGACGAGAUCCAGAAGGUGUCGCAGGAGCUCGAGAAGCUCCGACAACAGGUGCUUCUGCAAGAGGAGGCACUGCAGACGAUGCUCGAGAACGAGGAGAUCAUCCGCGAAGAGAACUCGCGCAUUCAGAAAGAGGCCGACGACAAGCAGCAGGAGGGCAAGGAGAUGAUGACAAAGAACAGGGCGAAGAACAGUCAAGAAACUUCCCACUCUUGAUGCAAGCAGUGACUGCCACUUUUCGAAGUGUCAGUCAUUAGGAUCUGAUAGAGUAGGAGGGAGGCGCAUUCCGCCGAGCACUUUGUGAGUUUGCAAGCAGAAUAAGAACCAUAACAAUUGAAUGUUUCAGACGUGCACAGGUGUGUCAAUUCUCGCGUUACACGCACAAAUCGGCCUGUACGAGGAGGAGCGGGUAAAGCUGUACCAGAAAUUGGACGAGAAGGACGACGAGAUCCAGAAGGUGUCGCAGGAGCUCGAGAAGCUCCGACAACUGGUGCUUCUGCAAGAGGAGGCACUGCAGACGAUGCUCGAGAACGAGGAGAUCAUCCGCGAAGAGAACUCGCGCAUUCAGAAAGAGGCCGACGACAAGCAGCAGGAGGGCAAGGAGAUGAUGACGAAGAAGUCAAGAAACUUCCCACUCUUGAUGCAAGCAGUGACUGCCACUUUUCGAAGUGUCAGUCAUUAGGAUCUGAUAGAGUAGGAGGGAGGCGCAUUCCGCCGAGCACUUUGUGAGUUUGCAAGCAGAAUAAGAACCAUAACAAUUGAAUGUUUCAGACGUGCACAGGUGUGUCAAUUCUCGCGUUACACGCACAAAUCGGCCUGUACGAGGAGGAGCGGGUAAAGCUGUACCAGAAAUUGGACGAGAAGGACGACGAGAUCCAGAAGGUGUCGCAGGAGCUCGAGAAGCUCCGACAACAGGUGCUUCUGCAAGAGGAGGCACUGCAGACGAUGCUCGAGAACGAGGAGAUCAUCCGCGAAGAGAACUCGCGCAUUCAGAAAGAGGCCGACGACAAGCAGCAGGAGGGCAAGGAGAUGAUGACGAAGAAGUCAAGAAACUUCCCACUCUUGAUGCAAGCAGUGACUGCCACUUUUCGAAGUGUCAGUCAUUAGGAUCUGAUAGAGUAGGAGGGAGGCGCAUUCCGCCGAGCACUUUGUGAGUUUGCAAGCAGAAUAAGAACCAUAACAAUUGAAUGUUUCAGACGUGCACAGGUGUGUCAAUUCUCGCGUUACACGCACAAAUCGGCCUGUACGAGGAGGAGCGGGUAAAGCUGUACCAGAAAUUGGACGAGAAGGACGACGAGAUCCAGAAGGUGUCGCAGGAGCUCGAGAAGCUCCGACAACAGGUGCUUCUGCAAGAGGAGGCACUGCAGACGAUGCUCGAGAACGAGGAGAUCAUCCGCGAAGAGAACUCGCGCAUUCAGAAAGAGGCCGACGACAAGCAGCAGGAGGGCAAGGAGAUGAUGACGAAGAAGUCAAGAAACUUCCCACUCUUGAUGCAAGCAGUGACUGCCACUUUUCGAAGUGUCAGUCAUUAGGAUCUGAUAGAGUAGGAGGGAGGCGCAUUCCGCCGAGCACUUUGUGAGUUUGCAAGCAGAAUAAGAAUCAUAACAAUUGAAUGUUUCAGACGUGCACAGGUGUGUCAAUUCUCGCGUUACACGCACAAAUCGGCCUGUACGAGGAGGAGCGGGUAAAGCUGUACCAGAAAUUGGACGAGAAGGACGACGAGAUCCAGAAGGUGUCGCAGGAGCUCGAGAAGCUCCGACAACAGGUGCUUCUGCAAGAGGAGGCACUGCAGACGAUGCUCGAGAACGAGGAGAUCAUCCGCGAAGAGAACUCGCGCAUUCAGAAAGAGGCCGACGACAAGCAGCAGGAGGGCAAGGAGAUGAUGACGAAGAAGUCAAGAAACUUCCCACUCUUGAUGCAAGCAGUGACUGCCACUUUUCGAAGUGUCAGUCAUUAGGAUCUGAUAGAGUAGGAGGGAGGCGCAUUCCGCCGAGCACUUUGUGAGUUUGCAAGCAGAAUAAGAACCAUAACAAUUGAAUGUUUCAGACGUGCACAGGUGUGUCAAUUCUCGCGUUACACGCACAAAUCGGCCUGUACGAGGAGGAGCGGGUAAAGCUGUACCAGAAAUUGGACGAGAAGGACGACGAGAUCCAGAAGGUGUCGCAGGAGCUCGAGAAGCUCCGACAACAGGUGCUUCUGCAAGAGGAGGCACUGCAGACGAUGCUCGAGAACGAGGAGAUCAUCCGCGAAGAGAACUCGCGCAUUCAGAAAGAGGCCGACGACAAGCAGCAGGAGGGCAAGGAGAUGAUGACGAAGAAGUCAAGAAACUUCCCACUCUUGAUGCAAGCAGUGACUGCCACUUUUCGAAGUGUCAGUCAUUAGGAUCUGAUAGAGUAGGAGGGAGGCGCAUUCCGCCGAGCACUUUGUGAGUUUGCAAGCAGAAUAAGAACCAUAACAAUUGAAUGUUUCAGACGUGCACAGGUGUGUCAAUUCUCGCGUUACACGCACAAAUCGGCCUGUACGAGGAGGAGCGGGUAAAGCUGUACCAGAAAUUGGACGAGAAGGACGACGAGAUCCAGAAGGUGUCGCAGGAGCUCGAGAAGCUCCGACAACAGGUGCUUCUGCAAGAGGAGGCACUGCAGACGAUGCUCGAGAACGAGGAGAUCAUCCGCGAAGAGAACUCGCGCAUUCAGAAAGAGGCCGACGACAAGCAGCAGGAGGGCAAGGAGAUGAUGACGAAGAAGUCAAGAAACUUCCCACUCUUGAUGCAAGCAGUGACUGCCACUUUUCGAAGUGUCAGUCAUUAGGAUCUGAUAGAGUAGGAGGGAGGCGCAUUCCGCCGAGCACUUUGUGAGUUUGCAAGCAGAAUAAGAACCAUAACAAUUGAAUGUUUCAGACGUGCACAGGUGUGUCAAUUCUCGCGUUACACGCACAAAUCGGCCUGUACGAGGAGGAGCGGGUAAAGCUGUACCAGAAAUUGGACGAGAAGGACGACGAGAUCCAGAAGGUGUCGCAGGAGCUCGAGAAGCUCCGACAACAGGUGCUUCUGCAAGAGGAGGCACUGCAGACGAUGCUCGAGAACGAGGAGAUCAUCCGCGAAGAGAACUCGCGCAUUCAGAAAGAGGCCGACGACAAGCAGCAGGAGGGCAAGGAGAUGAUGACGAAGAAGUCAAGAAACUUCCCACUCUUGAUGCAAGCAGUGACUGCCACUUUUCGAAGUGUCAGUCAUUAGGAUCUGAUAGAGUAGGAGGGAGGCGCAUUCCGCCGAGCACUUUGUGAGUUUGCAAGCAGAAUAAGAACCAUAACAAUUGAAUGUUUCAGACGUGCACAGGUGUGUCAAUUCUCGCGUUACACGCACAAAUCGGCCUGUACGAGGAGGAGCGGGUAAAAGCUGUACCAGAAAUUGGACGAGAAGGACGACGAGAUCCAGAAGGUGUCGCAGGAGCUCGAGAAGCUCCGACAACAGGUGCUUCUGCAAGAGGAGGCACUGCAGACGAUGCUCGAGAACGAGGAGAUCAUCCGCGAAGAGAACUCGCGCAUUCAGAAAGAGGCCGACGACAAGCAGCAGGAGGGCAAGGAGAUGAUGACGAAGAAGUCAAGAAACUUCCCACUCUUGAUGCAAGCAGUGACUGCCACUUUUCGAAGUGUCAGUCAUUAGGGAUCUGAUAGAGUAGGAGGGAGGCGCAUUCCGCCGAGCACUUUGUGAGUUUGCAAGCAGAAUAAGAACCAUAACAAUUGAAUGUUUCAGACGUGCACAGGUGUGUCAAUUCUCGCGUUACACGCACAAAUCGGCCUGUACGAGGAGGAGCGGGUAAAGCUGUACCAGAAAUUGGACGAGAAGGACGACGAGAUCCAGAAGGUGUCGCAGGAGCUCGAGAAGCUCCGACAACAGGUGCUUCUGCAAGAGGAGGCACUGCAGACGAUGCUCGAGAACGAGGAGAUCAUCCGCGAAGAGAACUCGCGCAUUCAGAAAGAGGCCGACGACAAGCAGCAGGAGGGCAAAGGAGAUGAUGACGAAGAAGUCAAGAAACUUCCCACUCUUGAUGCAAGCAGUGACUGCCACUUUUCGAAGUGUCAGUCAUUAGGAUCUGAUAGAGUAGGAGGGAGGCGCAUUCCGCCGAGCACUUUGUGAGUUUGCAAGCAGAAUAAGAACCAUAACAAUUGAAUGUUUCAGACGUGCACAGGUGUGUCAAUUCUCGCGUUACACGCACAAAUCGGCCUGUACGAGGAGGAGCAGGGUAAAGCUGUACCAGAAAUUGGACGAGAAGGACGACGAGAUCCAGAAGGUGUCGCAGGAGCUCGAAGCUCCGACAACAGGUGCUUCUGCAAGAGGAGGCACUGCAGACGAUGCUCGAGAACGAGGAGAUCAUCCGCGAAGAGAACUCGCGCAUUCAGAAAGAGGCCGACGACAAGCAGCAGGAGGGCAAGGAGAUGAUGACGAAGAAGUCAAGAAACUUCCCACUCUUGAUGCAAGCAGUGACUGCCACUUUUCGAAGUGUCAGUCAUUAGGAUCUGAUAGAGUAGGAGGGAGGCGCAUUCCGCCGAGCACUUUGUGAGUUUGCAAGCAGAAUAAGAACCAUAACAAUUGAAUGUUUCAGACGUGCACAGGUGUGUCAAUUCUCGCGUUACACGCACAAAUCGGCCUGUACGAGGAGGAGCGGGUAAAGCUGUACCAGAAAGUGGACGAGAAGGACGACGAGAUCCAGAAGGUGUCGCAGGAGCUCGAGAAGCUCCGACAACAGGUGCUUCUGCAAGAGGAGGCACUGCAGACGAUGCUCGAGAACGAGGAGAUCAUCCGCGAAGAGAACUCGCGCAUUCAGAAAGAGGCCGACGACAAGCAGCAGGAGGGCAAAGGAGAUGAUGACGAAGAAGUCAAGAAACUUCCCACUCUUGAUGCAAGCAGUGACUGCCACUUUUCGAAGUGUCAGUCAUUAGGGAUCUGAUAGAGUAGGAGGGAGGCGCAUUCCGCCGAGCACUUUGUGAGUUUGCAAGCAGAAUAAGAACCAUAACAAUUGAAUGUUUCAGACGUGCACAGGUGUGUCAAUUCUCGCGUUACACGCACAAAUCGGCCUGUACGAGGAGGAGCGGGUAAAGCUGUACCAGCAAUUGGACGAGAAGGACGACGAGAUCCAGAAGGUGUCGCAGGAGCUCAGAAGCUCCGACAACAGGUGCUUCUGCAAGAGGAGGCACUGCAGACGAUGCUCGAGAACGAGGAGAUCAUCCGCGAAGAGAACUCGCGCAUUCAGAAAGAGGCCGACGACAAGCAGCAGGAGGGCAAGGAGAUGAUGACGAAGAAGUCAAGAAACUUCCCACUCUUGAUGCAAGCAGUGACUGCCACUUUUCGAAGUGUCAGUCAUUAGGAUCUGAUAGAGUAGGAGGGAGGCGCAUUCCGCCGAGCACUUUGUGAGUUUGCAAGCAGAAUAAGAACCAUAACAAUUGAAUGUUUCAGACGUGCACAGGUGUGUCAAUUCUCGCGUUACACGCACAAAUCGGCCUGUACGAGGAGGAGCAGGGUAAAGCUGUACCAGAAAUUGGACGAGAAGGACGACGAGAUCCAGAAGGUGUCGCAGGAGCUCGAAGCUCCGACAACAGGUGCUUCUGCAAGAGGAGGCACUGCAGACGAUGCUCGAGAACGAGGAGAUCAUCCGCGAAGAGAACUCGCGCAUUCAGAAAGAGGCCGACGACAAGCAGCAGGAGGGCAAGGAGAUGAUGACGAAGAAGUCAAGAAACUUCCCACUCUUGAUGCAAGCAGUGACUGCCACUUUUCGAAGUGUCAGUCAUUAGGAUCUGAUAGAGUAGGAGGGAGGCGCAUUCCGCCGAGCACUUUGUGAGUUUGCAAGCAGAAUAAGAACCAUAACAAUUGAAUGUUUCAGACGUGCACAGGUGUGUCAAUUCUCGCGUUACACGCACAAAUCGGCCUGUACGAGGAGGAGCAGGGUAAAGCUGUACCAGCAAAUUGGACGAGAAGGACGACGAGAUCAGAAGGUGUCGCAGGAGCUCGAGAAGCUCCGACAACAGGUGCUUCUGCAAGAGGAGGCACUGCAGACGAUGCUCGAGAACGAGGAGAUCAUCCGCGAAGAGAACUCGCGCAUUCAGAAAGAGGCCGACGACAAGCAGCAGGAGGGCAAGGAGAUGAUGACGAAGAAGUCAAGAAACUUCCCACUCUUGAUGCAAGCAGUGACUGCCACUUUUCGAAGUGUCAGUCAUUAGGAUCUGAUAGAGUAGGAGGGAGGCGCAUUCCGCCGAGCACUUUGUGAGUUUGCAAGCAGAAUAAGAACCAUAACAAUUGAAUGUUUCAGACGUGCACAGGUGUGUCAAUUCUCGCGUUACACGCACAAAUCAGCCUGUACGAGGAGGAGCAGGGUAAAGCUGUACCAGAAAUUGGACGAGAAGGACGACGAGAUCAGAAGGUGUCGCAGGAGCUCGAGAGCUCCGACAACAGGUGCUUCUGCAAGAGGAGGCACUGCAGACGAUGCUCGAGAACGAGGAGAUCAUCCGCGAAGAGAACUCGCGCAUUCAGAAAGAGGCCGACGACAAGCAGCAGGAGGGCAAGGAGAUGAUGACGAAGAAGUCAAAGAAACUUCCCACUCUUGAUGCAAGCAGUGACUGCCACUUUUCGAAGUGUCAGUCAUUAGGAUCUGAUAGAGUAGGAGGGAGGCGCAUUCCGCCGAGCACUUUGUGAGUUUGCAAGCAGAAUAAGAACCAUAACAAUUGAAUGUUUCAGACGUGCACAGGUGUGUCAAUUCUCGCGUUACACGCACAAAUCGGCCUGUACGAGGAGGAGCAGGGUAAAGCUGUACCAGAAAUUGGACGAGAAGGACGACGAGAUCCAGAAGGUGUCGCAGGAGCUCGAGAAGCUCCGACAACAGGUGCUUCUGCAAGAGGAGGCACUGCAGACGAUGCUCGAGAACGAGGAGAUCAUCCGCGAAGAGAACUCGCGCAUUCAGAAAGAGGCCGACGACAAGCAGCAGGAGGGCAAGGAGAUGAUGACGAAGAAGUCAAGAAACUUCCCACUCUUGAUGCAAGCAGUGACUGCCACUUUUCGAAGUGUCAGUCAUUAGGAUCUGAUAGAGUAGGAGGAGGCGCAUUCCGCCGAGCACUUUGUGAGUUUGCAAGCAGAAUAAGAACCAUAACAAUUGAAUGUUUCAGACGUGCACAGGUGUGUCAAUUCUCGCGUUACACGCACAAAUCGGCCUGUACGAGGAGGAGCGGGUAAAAGCUGUACCAGAAAUUGGACGAGAAGGACGACGAGAUCAGAAGGUGUCGCAGGAGCUCGAGAAGCUCCGACAACAGGUGCUUCUGCAAGAGGAGGCACUGCAGACGAUGCUCGAGAACGAGGAGAUCAUCCGCGAAGAGAACUCGCGCAUUCAGAAAGAGGCCGACGACAAGCAGCAGGAGGGCAAGGAGAUGAUGACGAAGAAGUCAAGAAACUUCCCACUCUUGAUGCAAGCAGUGACUGCCACUUUUCGAAGUGUCAGUCAUUAGGAUCUGAUAGAGUAGGAGGGAGGCGCAUUCCGCCGAGCACUUUGUGAGUUUGCAAGCAGAAUAAGAACCAUAACAAUUGAAUGUUUCAGACGUGCACAGGUGUGUCAAUUCUCGCGUUACACGCACAAAUCGGCCUGUACGAGGAGGAGCAGGUAAAAGCUGUACCAGAAAUUGGACGAGAAGGACGACGAGAUCCAGAAGGUGUCGCAGGAGCUCGAGAAGCUCCGACAACAGGUGCUUCUGCAAGAGGAGGCACUGCAGACGAUGCUCGAGAACGAGGAGAUCAUCCGCGAAGAGAACUCGCGCAUUCAGAAAGAGGCCGACGACAAGCAGCAGGAGGGCAAGGAGAUGAUGACGAAGAAGUCAAGAAACUUCCCACUCUUGAUGCAAGCAGUGACUGCCACUUUUCGAAGUGUCAGUCAUUAGGAUCUGAUAGAGUAGGAGGGAGGCGCAUUCCGCCGAGCACUUUGUGAGUUUGCAAGCAGAAUAAGAACCAUAACAAUUGAAUGUUUCAGACGUGCACAGGUGUGUCAAUUCUCGCGUUACACGCACAAAUCGGCCUGUACGAGGAGGAGCGGGUAAAGCUGUACCAGAAAUUGGACGAGAAGGACGACGAGAUCCAGAAGGUGUCGCAGGAGCUCGAAGCUCCGACAACAGGUGCUUCUGCAAGAGGAGGCACUGCAGACGAUGCUCGAGAACGAGGAGAUCAUCCGCGAAGAGAACUCGCGCAUUCAGAAAGAGGCCGACGACAAGCAGCAGGAGGGCAAGGAGAUGAUGACGAAGAAGUCAAGAAACUUCCCACUCUUGAUGCAAGCAGUGACUGCCACUUUUUCGAAGUGUCAGUCAUUAGGAUCUGAUAGAGUAGGAGGGAGGCGCAUUCCGCCGAGCACUUUGUGAGUUUGCAAGCAGAAUAAGAACCAUAACAAUUGAAUGUUUCAGACGUGCACAGGUGUGUCAAUUCUCGCGUUACACGCACAAAUCGGCCUGUACGAGGAGGAGCGGGUAAAGCUGUACCAGAAAUUGGACGAGAAGGACGACGAGAUCCAGAAGGUGUCGCAGGAGCUCGAGAAGCUCCGACAACAGGUGCUUCUGCAAGAGGAGGCACUGCAGACGAUGCUCGAGAACGAGGAGAUCAUCCGCGAAGAGAACUCGCGCAUUCAGAAAGAGGCCGACGACAAGCAGCAGGAGGGCAAGGAGAUGAUGACGAAGAAGUCAAGAAACUUCCCACUCUUGAUGCAAGCAGUGACUGCCACUUUUCGAAGUGUCAGUCAUUAGGAUCUGAUAGAGUAGGAGGGAGGCGCAUUCCGCCGAGCACUUUGUGAGUUUGCAAGCAGAAUAAGAACCAUAACAAUUGAAUGUUUCAGACGUGCACAGGUGUGUCAAUUCUCGCGUUACACGCACAAAUCGGCCUGUACGAGGAGGAGCGGGUAAAGCUGUACCAGAAAUUGGACGAGAAGGACGACGAGAUCCAGAAGGUGUCGCAGGAGCUCGAGAAGCUCCGACAACAGGUGCUUCUGCAAGAGGAGGCACUGCAGACGAUGCUCGAGAACGAGGAGAUCAUCCGCGAAGAGAACUCGCGCAUUCAGAAAGAGGCCGACGACAAGCAGCAGGAGGGCAAGGAGAUGAUGACGAAGAAGUCAAGAAACUUCCCACUCUUGAUGCAAGCAGUGACUGCCACUUUUCGAAGUGUCAGUCAUUAGGAUCUGAUAGAGUAGGAGGGAGGCGCAUUCCGCCGAGCACUUUGUGAGUUUGCAAGCAGAAUAAGAACCAUAACAAUUGAAUGUUUCAGACGUGCACAGGUGUGUCAAUUCUCGCGUUACACGCACAAAUCGGCCUGUACGAGGAGGAGCAGGGUAAAGCUGUACCAGAAAUUGGACGAGAAGGACGACGAGAUCCAGAAGGUGUCGCAGGAGCUCGAGAAGCUCCGACAACAGGUGCUUCUGCAAGAGGAGGCACUGCAGACGAUGCUCGAGAACGAGGAGAUCAUCCGCGAAGAGAACUCGCGCAUUCAGAAAGAGGCCGACGACAAGCAGCAGGAGGGCAAGGAGAUGAUGACGAAGAAGUCAAGAAACUUCCCACUCUUGAUGCAAGCAGUGACUGCCACUUUUCGAAGUGUCAGUCAUUAGGAUCUGAUAGAGUAGGAGGGAGGCGCAUUCCGCCGAGCACUUUGUGAGUUUGCAAGCAGAAUAAGAACCAUAACAAUUGAAUGUUUCAGACGUGCACAGGUGUGUCAAUUCUCGCGUUACACGCACAAAUCGGCCUGUACGAGGAGGAGCGGGUAAAGCUGUACCAGAAAUUGGACGAGAAGGACGACGAGAUCCAGAAGGUGUCGCAGGAGCUCGAGAAGCUCCGACAACAGGUGCUUCUGCAAGAGGAGGCACUGCAGACGAUGCUCGAGAACGAGGAGAUCAUCCGCGAAGAGAACUCGCGCAUUCAGAAAGAGGCCGACGACAAGCAGCAGGAGGGCAAGGAGAUGAUGACGAAGAAGUCAAGAAACUUCCCACUCUUGAUGCAAGCAGUGACUGCCACUUUUCGAAGUGUCAGUCAUUAGGAUCUGAUAGAGUAGGAGGGAGGCGCAUUCCGCCGAGCACUUUGUGAGUUUGCAAGCAGAAUAAGAACCAUAACAAUUGAAUGUUUCAGACGUGCACAGGUGUGUCAAUUCUCGCGUUACACGCACAAAUCGGCCUGUACGAGGAGGAGCGGGUAAAGCUGUACCAGAAAUUGGACGAGAAGGACGACGAGAUCCAGAAGGUGUCGCAGGAGCUCGAGAAGCUCCGACAACAGGUGCUUCUGCAAGAGGAGGCACUGCAGACGAUGCUCGAGAACGAGGAGAUCAUCCGCGAAGAGAACUCGCGCAUUCAGAAAGAGGCCGACGACAAGCAGCAGGAGGGCAAGGAGAUGAUGACGAAGAAGUCAAGAAACUUCCCACUCUUGAUGCAAGCAGUGACUGCCACUUUUCGAAGUGUCAGUCAUUAGGAUCUGAUAGAGUAGGAGGGAGGCGCAUUCCGCCGAGCACUUUGUGAGUUUGCAAGCAGAAUAAGAACCAUAACAAUUGAAUGUUUCAGACGUGCACAGGUGUGUCAAUUCUCGCGUUACACGCACAAAUCGGCCUGUACGAGGAGGAGCGGGUAAAGCUGAACCAGAAAUUGGACGAGAAGGACGACGAGAUCCAGAAGGUGUCGCAGGAGCUCGAGAAGCUCCGACAACAGGUGCUUCUGCAAGAGGAGGCACUGCAGACGAUGCUCGAGAACGAGGAGAUCAUCCGCGAAGAGAACUCGCGCAUUCAGAAAGAGGCCGACGACAAGCAGCAGGAGGGCAAGGAGAUGAUGACGAAGAAGUCAAGAAACUUCCCACUCUUGAUGCAAGCAGUGACUGCCACUUUUCGAAGUGUCAGUCAUUAG